CUUUUUUUUUUCCUCGGCCACACGUACCCUCUUGAAGUUACAAUUCCCUGGAUCGACCAUUCAAGCUACCCGUCUUCCAACCAUUCUUCCUCCAAAUUGCAAAUGGCUUCUUCUUCAACCAGUCUCUCAGUAGCUUCUUCCUCUUCCACCCAUCCAUGGAAGUAUGAAGUCUUCCUUAGUUUCAGAGGAGAAGACACCCGCAAAAGCUUUACUGAUCAUCUUCACUCGGCGCUUUGUCAAUAUGGAAUCAACACUUUCAUAGAUGAUCAAUUCAGGAGAGGCGAACAAAUAUCUUCAGCACUCCUACGGGCAAUUGAAGAAUCAAGGUUUUCCAUCAUCGUUUUCUCUGAACACUAUGCUUCUUCAAGUUGGUGUUUGGAUGAACUUACAAAGAUUCUUGAGUGUGUCAAAGUGGGGGGACAUACAGCUUUUCCGGUUUUCUAUAAUGUAGAUCCCUCUCAUGUAAGAAAACAAACAGGGAGUUAUGGAGUAGCAUUUACAAAGCAUGAACAAGUUUACAGGGACAACAUGGAGAAAGUGCUCAAGUGGAGAGAAGCUCUAACUGUGGCAUCCGGACUUUCUGGAUGGGAUUCGCGAGAUAGACAUGAAUCCAAGGUUAUUAAGGAAAUUAUUUCCAAGAUCUGGAAUGAACUGAAUGAUGCAUCCUCAUGCAACAUGGACGCUCUAGUUGGAAUGGAUUCUCAUAUACAAAACAUGGUUUCAUUAUUAUGUAUUGGGUCAGAUGAUGUUCAGAUGGUAGGAAUUUGGGGCAUGGCUGGUAUAGGUAAGUCAACCAUUGCUAAGGUUGUUUAUCAGAAAAUUCGCACUCAAUUUGAAGGUUAUUGCUUUCUUUCAAAUGUUAGAGAAAAAUCACUAAAAAAUGAUCCAGCUGAUAUGCAAAUGGAACUCCUUUCACAAAUUUUUUGGGAAGGAAAUCUAAAUACAAGAAUUUUCAAUAGAGGAAUCAAUGCUAUAAAAAACACGCUCCACUCCAUGAAGGUCCUUGUUGUUCUUGACGAUGUGGAUUGCCCACAACAAUUGGAGGUUUUAGCUGGAAAUCAUAACUGGUUUGGUCUAGGAAGUCAAAUUAUCAUCACAACCAGAGAAAAGAAUUUGCUAGAUGAGAAAACGGAAAUAUAUGAAGUUAAGGAAUUAAACAACAGUGAAGCUCAUAUGCUCUUUUGUCAACAUGCCUUUAAAUAUAAGCCUCCUACAGAAGAUUUUGUACAGCUAUGUGACUGUGCCCUAAAUUAUACAAAGGGCAUUCCCUUAGCCCUUAAAAUCUUGGGUUGUUCUCUAUACAAUAGAAGCAAAAAGGAAUGGGAGAGUGAAUUGGAAAAACUCAAAAGAAUUCCAAAUAAAGCUAUUCAAGAUGUGCUGAGAAUAAGUUUUGAUGGAUUAGAUAAUAAUCAAAAGGAUAUAUUUCUUGACAUCGCAUGCUUCUUUAAAGGACAAGACAAAGAUUACACCACAAAAAUACAGAAAAGUUGUGAUUUCUUUCCAGAAAUUGGAAUACGUAAUCUUAUAGAUAAGUCUCUCGUAACCAUUUCAUAUAAUAAGUUGUGCAUGCAUGAUUUGAUACAAGAAAUGGGAUGGGAAAUUGUUCGGCAAGAAUCUAUUAAAGACCCCGGAAAACGCAGCAGGUUGUGGGUUACUGAGGAUGUCAUUCAUAUGCUAACAACAAAUAUAGGGACUGAAGCAGUUGAAGGCAUAGUCCUUGACUUGUCGGCUUUAAAAGAGCUACACUUCAGUGUUGAUGUCUUUACAAAGAUGAACAGAUUAAGAGUGCUCAGAUUCUGUAAUGCACAAAUAUGUGAAAUCUGGGAUUAUGCUUGGAAACGGGGAAACUAUGAUUCGUGUAAAAAUCAGUACCCUAAAUGUAAAUUGCAUCUAUAUGGGGAUUUUAAAUUUCUAUCCAACAACUUAAAAUCUCUCCAUUGGGAUGGAUACCCUUCGAAGUCUCUUCCAUCAACUUUUCAUCCUGAGAAGCUUGUUGAAUUAAAAAUGAGCUUUAGUCGGCUUGAACAACUAUGGGAAGGAAACAAGUCAUUCCAGAAGUUGAAGUUCAUCAAACUUAGCCACUCUCAACAUCUAAUCAAAACUCCGGACUUCUCUGGAGCUCCAAACCUCAGGAGAAUUAUUCUUGUAGGCUGUACAAGCUUGGUCAAGGUUCACCCAUCCAUUGGAGCUCUCAAGAAGCUUAUUUUCCUGGAUUUAGAAGGCUGCAAGAACCUCAAGAGUUUCUCGAGUAGCAUCCAUAUGGAAUCUCUUCAAAUUCUUAAUCUCGCUGGCUGCUCAAAACUGAAGAAAUUUCCAGAGGUCCAGGGAGCCAUGUAUAAUUUACCAGAGCUUUCUUUAAAAGGAACUGCUAUAAAAGGAUUGCCUUUGUCCAUUGAAUAUCUCAAUGGACUUGCUUUAUUAAAUCUGGGAGAGUGCAAAAGCCUUGAGUCAUUACCGAGCUGCAUUUUUAAGUUGAAGUCCCUGAAAACUCUUAUUCUUUCAAACUGCUUAAGACUGAAGAAGCUUCCAGAGAUACGGGAAAAUAUGGAGAGUUUGAAAGAGCUUUUUCUAGAUGACACUGGUCUAAGAGAGCUACCUUCAUCAAUUGAGCAUCUAAAUGAGCUUGUUUUGUUGCAGAUGAAAAAUUGUAAAAAACUUGCAAGUCUUCCAGAAAGCAUUUUUAAGUUGAAGUCCCUGAAAACUCUUACUAUUUCAAACUGCUUAAGACUGAAGAAGCUUCCAGAGAUACGGGAAAAUAUGGAGAGUUUGAAAGAGCUUUUUCUAGAUGACACUGGUCUAAGAGAGCUACCUUCAUCAAUCGAGCAUCUAAAUGGGCUUGUUUUGUUGAAGCUGAAAAAUUGUAAAAAACUUGCAAGUCUUCCAGAAAGCAUUUGUAAGCUGACGUCUCUUCAGACUCUUACUCUAUCUGGUUGUUCAGAACUGAAGAAAUUGCCAGAUGACAUGGGGAGCCUACAAUGUUUAGUAAAGCUCGAAUCAAAUGGAAGUGGUAUACAGGAGGUACCCACCUCUAUUACUCUUUUGACAAACCUUCAAGUAUUAUCAUUAACAGGAUGUAAGGGAGGGGAAUCUAAGUCAAGGAAUCUGGCUUUAUCUUUGCGCUCAUCACCAACAGAAGGAUUCCGGCUGUCUUCUUUGACGGCUUUAUACUCCUUGAAAGAGUUGAAUUUAAGUGACUGCAACCUACUGGAAGGAGCACUACCCAGUGAUCUUAGUUCCUUAUCUUGGUUGGAGCGUUUAGAUCUGAGUAUAAACAGUUUCAUCACCGUGCCUAGCCUCAGUCGACUUCCUCAACUCGAAAGGCUCAUACUGGAACACUGCAAGAGUCUUCAAUCAUUGCCAGAGCUUCCAUCAAGUAUUAUAGAAUUAUUGGCCAACGAUUGCACAUCCCUGGAAAACAUUUCAUAUCUAUCAAGUGGAUUUGUAUUGAGGAAGUUCUGUGAUUUCAACUUCGAAUUUUGUAAUUGCUUCCGACUAAUGGAGAAUGAGCAGAGUGACACUUUGGAAGCUAUCCUACUCGCAAUUCGGCGUUUUGCAUCAGUAACGAAAUUUAUGGAUCCAAUGGAUUAUUCUUCGCUUCGCACAUUUGCUUCAAGGAUUCCGUAUGAUGCUGUUGUUCCUGGGAGUAGCAUUCCAGAGUGGUUCACCGAUCAGAGCGUGGGGUGUUCAGUAACUGUAGAGCUGCCUCCGCAUUGGUAUACUACCAGGUUGAUAGGAUUGGCUGUUUGUGCUGUUUUCCACCCAAACAUCAGCAAGGGUAAGUUCGGCCGUUCUGCAUACUUUAGUAUGAAUGAAUCUGUCGGCUUCUCUAUCGACAACACGGCUUCCAUGCAUUUUUCAAAAGCUGAGCACAUCUGGUUUGGGUAUCGAUCCCUUUUUGGAGUGGUUUUCAGCCGGAGCAUCGAUCACCUGGAGGUUUCAUUUUCUGAAUCCAUUCGUGCCGGCGAAGUGGUGAAAAAGUGUGGGGUUCGUCUGAUCUUUGAGCAAGAUCUUCCAUUUGGCCGGGAGGAGAUGAACCAUAUAUCUCAACAUGAAGAAAGUGAAGGAAGUUAUUAUAGGUGGAGACUCAGAUAUCCGAGACGCAGUUGGUCUGUUGAUUUAAAGCCCCGCACGAGUAGUCGCCAAACAUGGUGGUUUAGCUACGCCCAAAAUUCUACCGCGUGCAAAGAAUUGGAUGGAGGCAAAAGUUAGUGGGAAAGUUGGCAUUAAGCCUCAGAUUCUCUGCUUUCGCACCAAGUCCAUCUUCUCUCUCCCAUUUCACUCCCUUGAAGUCGAUUUCUCUAUCAUUUUUCACUGUGUGAAGAAGUGGUUUCUCUUUGUAAGAUGCAUUUUCUCUUGCCUUUUGAUUUCUCUAACAAUUUCAAGAACUAAUCUCACUCUGGAAACUUUCUAUGGGCAUAACUUCUCUCGGUGCAUGAAGAUUACUGAUGUUGGAGCGCUACACAAAUACUCCAGUCAUAAAUCUUCAUACUCUUAUUUCAUGGAAGCACCGAUAAGUCUGUCUUUUUAAGCACAAGAUCUCUAAUAACUAAAAGUUUGAUAGAUGUUGUUCGAUUGCUCUAUGUUCAGGGGCUUGCAAAUGCUUUUGUUUCUACUUGGAUCAGAAAUCACUGAUGCAUCUGUUGCUGCAAAUGCGUCAAGCUAUUCAAAUUGAGAAUUGCUUGGAUUUGAGCAGGUAUGCUUUAGUCCCUAGUCUUGAUUGUUGCUGAGGAUUUAUGAGACAAUCAAUUAUUCUUGAAAGCUACUUGCUUGGGUAACUUGCUAAGGUUCUGUUAGUCUUCAGAUUAAGGCAGUGUGAAUGCUUCUCACCUAAUUAUGUUAUCACCCUUCUUGAUUCUAGAUGAUUUGCAGCUACCUCAACAUUUUAUUCAUUGAGUGAGGUAGUUGGCAAAGCUCUUUUUAAGAGAAAAAGAUUAUUCAUACUCUGGUAACAUCUAUUAAAACAGAAAAAGGUCUGUGAGGGUAGGUUUUCUAAUGGAAACAUUUGUAAGCUGACGACUCUUCACUCUU